AUUAUAAAAGGGUGGUACAGCAAUUGGAUGCGUGUUUUGUAUACCUGAGGGUCCUACAGCUGCCAUGAUGAGGCUGUUAAUUGCUGUUGCUUUCUUGUUUGCAACAGGCCAGGCGGUUCAGCCUUACCACGACCCCCAAUGUGGAGGCCGUACAGUAAUCGUUCACUUGUUUGAGUGGAAAUGGACGGACGUGGCAGCUGAGUGUGAGCGUUACCUAGGGCCCAAGGGAUUCUGCGGAGUGCAGGUAUCACCAGCCAACGAACACGUGAUGGUUACAACAGACGCCAUGAGACCUUGGUGGGAGCGCUACCAGCCAGUCAGCUACAAGCUUGUCAGCCGAAGUGGUAAUGAAGCUCAGUUCAAAGACAUGGUGCAGAGGUGCAAGAAAGUUGGUGUCAGAAUCUACGUGGACGUUGUGGUGAAUCACAUGGCAGGUUUGGGUCGCAAGGGUACAGGUACCGCUGGCUCUUCAUUUGACUCAGAUAAACGCGACUUUCCCGGGGUGCCCUUUACCAAGCCCAACUUUAACAGCCGCGACGAUUGUCCCUCCAAUGACGGAUUUGUCAAUGACUUCAGGAAAACAAACAUUAGGGCAGAGAAGCACUUUUACGUGUGCCUUUUGACCAAGGAUUUGCCAGAAGGGGGAAGACCUUUCUUCUAUAUGGAAGUCAUGGACCGGAACGAUGGUGUGGUAAAAGACAAGGAAUACUUCGACACUGGUUACGUUACAGAGUUCCGCUACGUCCAGAAGGUGAAAGAUGGCGCUAGUGACCUGGGCAAGCUGGGCGGCGUCUACGACCCAGGUUGGGGAAUGUCUCCAUCCGACCAGGCUUUUGUUUUCGUCGACAACCACGACUUUCAGCGAAAUGGCCAGUCUAUCACUUAUAAGUCGGGAGACGUCCCUUACCUCUUUUCUUUGCGUCUCGUCGCUUUGAUCCAGAUCCAGAUAUGGAAGCCCAUUGGCAACAUGGCAGUUUUCAGGAACUACGUAGCUGGAACUGACGUCAACAACUGGAAAUACGACGGGGGCGUACUGUCUUUCAGCAGAGGAAACAAAGGAUUCUUCGCCAUGUCCAACAAUGAUUUUAACACAAACAUCCACACAGCUGUAGCUCCUCCCUUAAUUUUCAUUUCUUCCCUACUCCCCUAUCGAUCAUUGGCCACAGGCGAUCCUAGCGCCUCAUUUGUGCCAGGUACUGUAUCUCCGAACACCCAGACUGAAGCCCCGGCCGCUGCUACUACUCAAACUCCGGAGAGCGCAACUACUCAAACCCCGGACAGCUCUACUCAAGUAUCAGAUAACGGUACUCCGGUUUCGGACAACAGUACUCAAGGUGUGAACAUCACAACUGAAGCUCCCAGCAGUACCUCCCAGCCAUCAACAGGUGGAAAGUACGUGAGGACCAUCAUCAUGAUGGAGAAACAAACAAUGCCCGGACAAGACGUGUUCAUCAGAGGAGGAAUUGAUCACGCCCACAGAACAGGUUGUACCCACGACCCUACCACCAGCGCGUGCGCCAUCCCAAUCAAGCACUUGGCCGAUGGAACUACAAACCACUACGCUGGGGUGAACGCUUGGAAAAAGGGAGACAAUUACCUUGACUGGGAAAGCGCCGAGGUAGGACAAGGCACUUACAAGGGCAGACAGGCAGAGGGAACCCCAGCUUUCUGGUCCACCAACAGACCCAAUCAGUCGGGCUACAACGCACUCAAUACGUACGGACCUCACUACUGGAUUGUUGAUAUCGAGAUGGACUGUUCCAAAGCCGAAAACGGCUAUUUCGAGCUGAAGGCAGUCCUCAGUGGAGGCUGGGAAGCUGAUGUUCCAGCCAGUACAACGUGCACCGGCGCUGAUGCAGGCACCCCUCCCUACUCUUCUAAGAACCACUUCGCUCGUUGUGGACAUCUCAACGUUUUCCACUGGGGUCAGGGCACUUGUGAAAUUUUGCCUCUGCCAACGUCGUAGAUUUGUCGGAGACGACGACAACACUGUGUUGAAAACUAACAUUCGACAUGAUGUUUAUUUAUGGUAGCUGUAUCAAAGCUGUUUAUAAUAUACAUAUUAAAUGCCGUAUCUUAACAAAAACA